CACAACAUAUAGUCGUAAUGCUAAUUUGACAAAACAAAACACUUCCUUGUGUUCUCCACUUUCUUCUUUCGAUCCUAAAAUAAAGCCAAUUUUUAUGAUCUCAUCCAUCUACUCAUUUACUAUUAUUACGAUAAGUACUGUGAGAGAAAGAGAAAAACAAACUUUGAACCAGUCCACUAAACACAACUGCCUCCAAAUCAAACCCACAAAAUUGAUGAACUUAUAGAAAUACAGUAGUAGUGUCUGCGCAGAUUAUGUAUUUUACUUCAGAUUACUGUAGAAACUGAUAAACUUCAAGUCCUGAAUUCGUCAUUAUGGCUCUGUGUGUGACCGAUACGGUGCGGGCUUUAGCAUGUAGAGACGGAAAAGCAGCAAGAAAUCUCAAACUUAUUUCUAUGUUCGUGAUUUUCUUCACUAGUGUUAUAGGCAUAACGGUUCCAGUUUUUUUAGCCCGUUUAUUUCACGGUAAACCGGUUCAUGAUAAAGCGAUCCUAAUAAUCAAGUGCUUCGCGGCCGGUGUAAUCCUUUCCACGUCACUUGUUCACGUUCUUCCUGAUGCCUUCGAUGCUCUCUCCGAUUGUCAGGUUUCUUCGAGACAUCCAUGGAAGGAUUUUCCGUUUUCCGGUCUGGUAACGUUGAUCGGGGUAUUAACAGCGUUAUUAGUUGAUUUGACGGCGACUUCUCAUGUGGAAAGUCAUCAGAAUAAUCAGGAUAACGAUUAUGCAAUAGUUGGGACAAGUGAAGAAUUAGGAACUGUUGUGAGUAAUAAGAAAAUUCAGGAGCAGGUUAGAGAGGCAGAGGAAUUGGUGAAAUUGAAACAAAGAUUGGUAUCACAAGUGUUGGAAAUUGGGAUAAUUUUUCAUUCAGUUAUAAUUGGGGUGACUUUGGGGAUGUCUCAAAAUCAGUGUACUAUUAGACCACUAGUGGCUGCACUGUCUUUUCAUCAGAUAUUUGAAGGAAUGGGUCUUGGAGGUUGCAUUGCCCAGGCAGGAUUUAGCUUGGGAACAACAGCCUAUAUGAGCUUCAUGUUCUCAGUGACAACACCAAUGGGUAUAUUAUUGGGUAUGAUUAUUUUCUCAAUGACAGGGUACGAUGAUUCAAGCCCAAAUGCAUUAAUCCUUGAAGGUUUAUUGGGAUCAUUAUCUUCUGGUAUACUCAUAUACAUGGCCCUUGUUGAUCUUAUUGCUCUUGAUUUUUUCCACAACAAAUUGAUGAGUGGCCAACCAUUCUUGAAAAAAGUAUCUUUUGUAGCUCUUGUUCUUGGCUCUACAUCUAUGUCAAUCCUUGCUCUUUGGGCUUGAAAUAGUAAUUAAUAAACUUGUGUACCCUUUGCUACU